UAGGCCCCGCUCCCCUGACGGGCGUUUGUUCCCCGAGCAGGUCUCGGUGCUGUAUUUCGCCAGGAGCGCGGAGCUGGCGGGGCUGCGCUGCGAGAGCCUCUCGGUGCCGCGGCGGAUCACCGCCCUGCAGCUCUGGGAGGAGAUCGUCAGGGUUCACCCAAGGCUUGCUGUCAUCCGGGAUCAAGUGGUUUUUGCUGUUCGGCAGGAGUACGUGCUUCUUGGAGAUCAGCUCCUGGACCUGCAGCCCGGAGACGAAGUUGCCAUCAUCCCACCAAUUAGUGGAGGCUGAAUCUGCCCAGGUUCUGUUAGCUUUUCUAGUGAGCUAUGGAUGAAAGCGAAGAUGUGCCAAAAGAUUUUAUCAAGCUCAAGUCUGAAAAGCUCUCUGUAGAUGAAGUGUCAGAGCUGGUCAUUUCACCAUACUGUGGGGCAGUGUCUCUGUUUGUUGGUACUACAAGAAAUAAUUUUGAAGGAAAAAAAGUGAUUCACUUAGAAUAUGAAGCAUAUACUUCAAUGGCAGAGACCGAAAUAAAGAAAAUCUGCAGAGAUGUUAGACAGAAAUGGCCAUCAAUCAAACAUAUUGCAGUGCACCAUAGGCUUGG